GGAUUUCCCAUUCAGAACAUAACGUUCAUAAAACUCUUCCAGUUCAUUUCUUACAAAUCUGGGUAAAACCCGAUAAUCCAAAACUCUCCCCAGCCUAUCAUACAAAAACGUUUUCCGAGUCCGCUAAAGAAAAUAAGUUGGUCCGAAUUAUUUCUCCGGAUAAAAAACACGUUCCGGAUACAAUUGGAAUUCACACAGAUUUUCAUAUGUAUGCCAGUUUAUUAGAUCAGGGAGCAAAGGUUACACAUAAAGUUCAAGGAAAUGCUAAUGACGGAGAUAAUAAAAGAAAAUUAUAUAUUCACGUUAUUGAAAAGGAGGGGAUGAAAGUUUUAAUUAAUGGAGAGAGUUUAUUGAAACAUGGAGAUGGUGCUUUUAUUACCGAAGCUAUUAGCGGAGAUGAAAUCAUUUUUGAAUCCGUUGGCAAUAGAACUGCCGAAUUUGUUAUUUUUGAUUUAGCUUAA